CAUACCUCUCUAUAAAUACACUUGCUUCCACAUAUCAGUUCUCCACCAACCAUCUGUUUUCCAAUUAACAACUUAGUUGCUAUCAUGGCUUCUCAAUUCGAUGAUGUGAUUAAUCUUCGACCUGGGAAGGAGACAUGGAGGAUGCUGGUCAAGAUCAUACGCAUCUGGUAUAGCCAGGGCUAUACUAAUUCCAAAUUACCAUUAUCUCUGGAAAUGGUUGUAAUGGAUGCCAAGGGGGAUAAAAUACAUGUCAUCAUUAGGAAGACAAUCAUGUAUAAAUUUGAGACGACUCUUAUUGACGGAAACGUCUAUAGCAUGUCCUAUUUUGAGGUUGCUGACAAUACUGGGUUGUUCAAACCAACUAAACACCCCUACAAAGUUAAUUUCCAGUUUAACACUGAAGUCCGCCCAAUGAACCAAAAUCCCAUUUCUGUUGAUCCUUAUUCGUUCGUCCCUCUUGCUGACGUGAUGUCUACCGCUUAUGAUACAAAUUUUUUAAUUGACGUCAUUGGAAUCCUCACUGUUGUUGGAACUGAGAGGGUGAUUGAAAGUCAUGGAAAGAAAACAAAGAUGAAUGUCAUUGAAAUUGACUCUUAUGGGGUCAAGAUGGAGUGUGCCUUAUUUGGACCCUAUGUCGAAGAUCUCAAUCUGUUCCUUAAUGGUGGUGAAAUGGUGAACGUAGUUAUUCUUCUCCAAUUUGUCAAAGUCAAGACAUGGCAAGGGAAUUUGUCUUUGCAAAAUGUGCAUGGGGCUACAAAAAUGUUGUUUAACCCCGCAGUCGACAUAGCUGUGGCUGUCAUGGAAAGGUUUUCAGCAAGUAAUGAUACAGGAUCGCAAUCUCUAAGUCAGCUUCAAGAUUCAAGCAAGGUUGUAGAUGAAGAGGACUUCUUAAUCUUAACCCCUCGAAAGACCAUUGCGCAAGUCCAUGACAUGAAGGAGAAUUCGGUGUGCAUUGUAUAUGCCACUAUCAGCUAUGUAGAAGAGGGUAUGGACUGGUGGUACACUGCAUGUAAAUGCAAUAAAAAAGUUUAUCCAGAUGAAAAGAUGUAUUUCUGUGAGGUCUGCAACCGCCACGUUGUCCACGUUAUCCCAAUGUGAUAGAUUGUAAUAUCGUCCAUUCCUUUGAUAUGGAUUAUUUCCAUUAAGGUUAGACCAAACGACUUCCAACUUCACUAAGAAUGUUGUGUACACUGAGGUUUUUGAUAAUAUAUGAGCAGGAUAGUAUUGUAGUCCAUUGGACGUAUCUUUCAAUUAUUUAAUUUGAAAUCUCCCACAUGGUUGACUUUGUUUUGAACUAAUAUCCUACAAAAGUAGUUAUGAUUUUAUUCAUACCAUUAAUUCUUCACUGCAUGCAUGAAUCACGCAUGCUGCAUCUGACACUCUUGCUCCCUUUUUUCUUUUUCUAGCAAAAUAAUUGUACAUGUCUUUUGAGCAAAAGUUCUCCUUUUUGUCUAUAUGGUGUUGUUUAAGUUUUAAGUCAAUAUAAACACUAAUUUUAUUUUCGUAUCCCAUUAGUCUAAUUUUUUUUUUGGACGGAUCUAAUGUAACACGUAAAUCCAAGUAGCUAUUUUUUUUUUAAUUUAAUUGUGGUUUGAACGGCUAAAUAGGGAAAUAGUGGAAUUUGGUUAAUUGAUAUAUUUUUAUGCCCAUCUAAUGGAUACAGUAUUGUGUAAUGGGAAUCAUAAGAAUGAUAGAAUGGAGAAUGAGAAAAUAAAGCUAAAAGAGGACAGUUUAGACAUGUAAUAUGAAUUAGUUUAGAAAAGGUCUUUAAAUGCAACCUACUGGUUAGACAUUCAUUACUUACAUUCUUACUAAAUAUCAACUCAAUAAUAGGACUAUGCUGUAAAAGUCCACAGUUGUGAGUCUAUAUAUACCCUCCAUACCCCCUACAUCCCACACUUUGGCUGGAUUGCCCUCCCAUUUCCUAAACAAUGGACCACAUUCUGUCGGCGAAUUUUGAAGCGUAUGAGUCUGCAUUUGCUGUUGUCAGUCGUCCUUACGAGGUUUGUUUGAUCAUCUAAUGUUCAUAUCCAUAUCAUAUAUAUCACCAACUUAUUAAAUAUUCAAAAAUAUUUUAAGUUGCAGAUGACUGCUUCUGUGGCAGAAUUUUUCGCAACAAGGUUUGAUGUUGAACUUAGUAACAGGUGGUUGUUAUUUGACCCUGUUGGUAAUAGGCAUUCUGUCCAAUUUAUUAAGUGUCCUGUUAAGCCACAAAUUUCAACUGGGUGGUUUGAAAUCCGUCAUUUUUAUGGAUUGGAGGGGGUGAGAUGGUGUAUUUUGAGAUAUAAAGGAGGGUCUAUGUUCGAUCUAUUUGUUUACGGUAGAAAUUCACAAGAGAUAGACUACCACAGAGGGCCUCGAUCCAAACACUUAGAGUAUCCCCCUAUGUUAGAGCCCAUUGUAACAAAUGUGCCAGAAUGGAGAUUUUAUCCAUGUUAUUUCACAGUGCAACUUACGGAAAGCCAGUCAAAAGGAAGCCAGUUGGUAAUGUUUUAAAUUGUAGGUUCCAUUCUUAAAGUCAUAUAAUUAUUUUGAAUAUCUAAUAUCUAUCC